AGCAGACCCUCUGCUGCUGAUCAUCCUUCAGGAUGAACCACAGACCGUUGGUGGGUGACCGCAGCAGCCGGGCUGCUGGCAACGCGGACAGAACCGGAGCAAGGAGCCGGGACAACCUGCUCCCGUAUGAUGAUUUUGGGGAGGAAUAUUGCUGUGCUGGACAAUGUCUUGGCAGACACAGCAGCUCUGACAGGCAGCUCACCGCUCGCCUCAGCGCCGUUAAACGGCGGCAGGCUCUGCGAGGUCCUGCUUACAUGUUCUCGGGUCCUUCGUUCAGCCCGUCAGAUGUUGAACAGCGUUUCCUGGAGGCAGCUGAAUAUGGCAACAUCCCAGAGGUGCGCCGCAUGCUGCUUCACAUCCCCAAUCUGAACGUCAAUGCUGUGGACUACAUGGGACAAAAUGCACUGCAGCUGGCUGUGGCCAACGAACAUCUGGAGGUGACGGAACUGCUGCUGGGGAGGGCAGAUUUGGCCAGAGUGGGAGAUGCUCUCCUUUUAGCCAUCAGUAAAGGUUAUGUCCGCAUCACAGAGGCCCUGCUCAGUCACCCUUCGUUUAGAGAUGCUCACCGUCUGACAGCAAGUCCGGCUCAAGUAGACAUGUUGGAUGACUUCUAUGCUUAUGAUGAAGAUGGGACAAGGUUUUCUCAUGAUGUGACUCCAGUGAUACUUGCAGCACACUGCCAGGAGUAUGAGAUAGUUCACACCCUCCUGAGUAAAGGGGCUCGUAUCGCUCCUCCUCACGACUACUUCUGUGGCUGCGACUCGUGUAACUAUCAGCAGCAGUACGAUUCCUUCAGCCACUCACGCUCAAAGAUCAAUGCCUACAGAGGACUGGCCAGUCCUGCAUACCUCUCUCUUUCUAAUGAGGAUCCGGUGCUGGCAGCCUUGGAACUCAGCAAUGAGCUGGCCAUGCUAGCUGAUAUAGAGAAAGAGUUUAAGAACGAUUACAGUCGUCUGUCAAACCAGUGUAAGGAUUAUGUGGUGGGCCUUCUGGAUCUUUGUCGCAGCACAGAGGAAGUAGAGGCCAUUCUGAAUGGAGAAACAGAUUCUGAUGACAGCUAUGAAUUGCCAGGUCGCCCCUCCCUCACACGGCUCAAAUUAGCAAUCAAAUAUGAACUCAAAAAGUUUGUUGCCCAUCCAAAUUGCCAGCAGCAGCUGCUGAGUAUUUGGUAUGAGAACCUGCCAGGCCUGAGACAACAGACCACUGCUGUUAAGCUGCUGGUGGUACUGGCUGUGGCUAUAGGACUACCUGGACUGGCUGUGGCGUACUGGGUGACUCCUUGCAGCAGGGUGGGAAAGGUUAUGCGCAGUCCCUUUAUGAAGUUUGUGGCCCACGCCUCAUCCUUCACAGUUUUCCUGGGCCUCCUCAUCCUGAAUGCAGCUGACCGUUUUGCUGGCACCACCCUGUUGCCAAACAUGACCCACCAUCAGCAACCUGGAAGUCCACAACUCAAGUUGGACCCCUUGCUGCUUCACCGCAAGACCACCACCCCCUUCACCUGGAUGGAGAUCCUAAUUAUUUCAUGGGUCAUGGGCAUGAUUUGGGCUGAAGUGAAGGAGAUCUGGAGCCAGGGACCUGGAGAGUACCUGGUUGAGCCGUGGAACUUCUUGGACUUUGGGAUGUUGGCCAUAUUUCUGGCCUCGUUCAGUUGCCGCUUCUCUGCUAUGAAGCAAGCUGACUUGGCCCAGGCCUAUGUGUACAAACACUGCAAAACAUUGAUCCAUCUGCCACCAGAGAUACAUUACUUUACUCUGGCACGCAUUCACUGGAUGCCCUCAGAUCCUCAGCUGGUGUCAGAGGGCCUUUAUGCGAUCGCAGUGGUACUGAGCUUUUCUCGGAUUGCUUACAUCCUGCCAGCCAAUGAAAGUUUUGGCCCACUCCAGAUCUCUUUGGGAAGGACCGUCAAAGACAUCUUCAAGUUCAUGGUCAUCUUCCUGCUAGUCUUUCUGGCAUUCAUGAUCGGCAUGUUCAACCUGUACUCUUACUACCUGGGAGCAAAGCAGAAUGACGCCUUCACCACCCUGGAGGAGAGCUUUAAGACAUUGUUCUGGGCUAUUUUUGGACUGUCUGAGGUCAAGUCUGUAGUCAUCAACAAUGGACACAAAUUCAUUGAGAACAUUGGUUAUGUUCUGUACGGGGUUUACAACGUUACCAUGGUGAUAGUCCUGCUCAACAUGCUCAUUGCCAUGAUUAACAGCUCCUUCCAGGAGAUUGAGGAUGAUGCUGAUGUCGAGUGGAAGUUUGCUCGGGCAAAACUUUGGUUUUCCUACUUUGAGGAGGGAAGGACACUCCCUGUCCCCUUCAAUCUGGUCCCUAGUCCUAAAUCUAUGCUGGGACUGGCCACAGCCAUAAAGUCUAUGCUCUUGUAUGUGGUUCACAGACACGGUGAGAAGAAAACCGAGACACAACUAAAUCAGCUUGGGAAGAACAAAAAUCCAGCAUAUGGAGGUUUUAAUGGUCCAACAAGAUAUCAGAAGAUCAUGAAGCGACUAAUCAAACGUUAUAUAAUCAAGGCUCAAGCAGACAGAGAGAGCGAUGAGAUCACAGAAGGUGAGCUGAAAGAGAUCAAACAGGAUAUAUCAAGUCUGCGCUAUGAGCUGCUGGAGGAGAAAUCCCAGAACAUGGAGACGCUUGACGGAUUGUUGAGGAGGCUGGGAGAGUUCAGUACACCCUCAUCUUAGCGCUGUCUAUUGACUCAACCUGUACCUAAAUGUUGAAUGGUUCAUUUGUACCUGUUCAGCCCCCCUAAAUGUACAGUGAUCAACUGCAUUAGUGUGCUGUAAUGUGUGAAUGUGUUGUUUUCUUCGGUUCACCCUAAUUUGGGCCAUUUUGUAUUGAUGUAUUGUAAGUCCAUACUUUAUUCAAAUCACGUUUAAACAAUCUAUUGAAACAGAUUUUGUAACCACUUAAAAUCUGACGUGGGUUUGUCUGGAGUUUAGGAAGGAAAAGGAUUUCUGAAAAAGGAACUUUAACUUUUGUCUCUUUUACAGAGAACAUGUCCCUGCCGACAGAUAUACAAGUUAGUUCUCAGGAGUGUAAACACCCUGUUAAGAUGCCAGGUUUUUGAGGUGUAAAAAAUGAAAUCAUAAUAAAUCAUCAAGGUGUUUUUCUCCUUUUUAGAAGAAAGACAAUGGAAAAAAACCACAGUAACCUCAUAGAAUUGUUCACAUCCUUAAACUAAAGCUUUGUUGAAAAAUUAAA